CGACAAGAAAAAAAGGCUUCAACGCGGGGACAAGAGAAAAGGGCGCUUGGCCAGUGACGGGGCGGAUGGCAAGCGCAAGACGAGUGAAGCUUCGGCCCGGAAUAAACUGACUCGCACGUCGCUAGGAAGUGAACCAUCGCUGUAUGGCACGCUUCCAACCCUGCAGAGUCGCUCGGUCUCGGUUAAAAAUCAAUGUGACGGAUUUGGUGCUUCUACUUCUGGUAAACUGGACUAUGACUCUGACGACUCGCGGAUCUUCGGAGCAGAGGAUGAAGAGGAAGUAUUUUGGAUUUGGAUUUUUGUUGUGCAUGCGACUCAUCUCGACGCGUUAGGCCUUUGAAUUCAGGCCUUGGCUCGUCGUGUGCAGCAAUUCAACAGAGGAGGUGGCUUCCUACCUGACUUCAAUGGUGAUAUCGUUUGGAAAAAAAGGUGAUCUCCUCCGACGGUGACCAUGAAAGUGAUGCGUCAGAUUCGAGUGCAGAGGAAAUGGAAAACGAAUGUGCCACGGAGCCCGAGUCUUGGUGGUACAUUACUAUCUUUGAACAACGAACUUGGUUGGUAGAUAUUUUUGAUGGAAAGUGUACGCGCACUUCAGAGAUCUCUCUAUGAUUGUCGUUCCGGAGCGAGUGGUUUGAUCACGUUGAUUUCAAAUCCUUCUUUAUUGUUGUUGUUCGUCACCUAAACAUGUACGCCAUUUCAAACUGGACACAGGUAUUGGCUCGCGCAUUCCGUUUUUCCAUCCUCCAGCAAGCCC